AUGAGAGACGCAGGGAAAGAAUGCGCUGCAGACGCAGCUCGCCGCGAAAACAACAUGGACGCAGAGGGACCUUCUGUGCUCGACUCUCCGAACACCGUUCGUGUUUAUUUUCACCUCGCCUCAUUUGUUUUUGUUCGAUUAUUGACAUUCAAAACGAUCAUCAUCUUUUCAAUUGCCAUCGGUUUCAGAGUUCUGCAAUACCGACUCUUCCUUCUUCGUCGGAAUCAAAACCAAAAACAGCUUUGUUUUCAAACCUGUACGUUUUUGUUAAUUCUUAUCAUAAAUCUGAUACGUUUAGUUUUUGAAUUUUCGUUCAUAAAAAUUCUUAAUGAAAUCGACUAGUUUAAUGAAAUGUUAUGGGAGAUUCAAAAUUUAAAAAGUUUGUUAUUUUUUUACAAUCAAGCUGCAUUAAGAAAAAGAUGUCGCAAAUCUUCAAACAGAAAAAUUCAAAAAAACGCUUCUUUGUUUUUAAUUAUAAAAAUUUCUUGUUCCGUUGGCUUUUUUUAGAAGCCAAUCUGCUUAAAAUUGAUUAUUUUUAAACUUUUUUUCAAUUCAAAAUCAGUUCUCCUUCGUUCCAUAAGUUCUUUAUGAUUAUUCUGCUUAUCUCAGGAGAAAUAUUGCGAAAUUUCCAGAGAAAGUGAGCAGACGGUCUGUUUCAUCGAUAAAGUACAGCAGGAGAAAAGCGAAGCUGCGGGUUCUCCAGCGAACUCCGGAGCUGUAAGUACAAAGGGCACGGGAUUACAACACGACUGAUUAAUUGUUAAGGAGCCCGAGCAAUCGACGGAGGCUGAGAAAAAAGACGCAGUCAAUAUGAUGGAAGUCGUGCGACCAGCCGAGCAGAUUUCCCUUGUGAGUUUUUUUGUGAAUUCAAAAUUUUGAUUCUUGGAAAUAGUUUUAUACUCAGAACCAAUGUAUGAAAAAAACUUCAAAAAGAUCGACAUUACUUUAUCACUUAUAUAUAUAUAUAUAUAUAUCCAAUUAGAAUAUAACUACAAAGUAGCCUCAAGAGAAUGAUUAUCAAACAAAAAAACUCAAAAAAAUUUUUUUCAUUUUUUUACAAAACUUUUUUUGCAGGAGGAUGCCGAAAAAAAGGGCCGACUCAACAGAUAA